AAGUUGCAGGGGAAGCGGCACAGAGGCAGACACGCCGUGCACCAAGAAGGCACCAAGCCACACGCAGAGAGCAAACCACACAGAGGACAGCUGCACGUGGGCAACAUGUCUGCGACGCACUUCAUCAGGGGCCCAGCCUAUGGCAUGUCAGCUGAAGUCAAGAAUAAGCUAGCACAAAAAUACGAUCCCCAGAAGGAGCACGAACUGCGGCAAUGGAUUGAGGAGCUGACCGGGAAGCGCAUCGGGGACAACUUUAUGGAAAGUCUGAAAGAUGGAGUCAUCCUUUGCGACCUUAUUAACAAACUCCAACCUGGAUCUGUGAGGAAGGUGAACGAGUCCACACAGAACUGGCACCAGCUGGAGAACAUUGGCAACUUCAUUAAGGCAAUCACAAAAUAUGGAGUGAAGCCCCAUGACAGCUUCGAGGCCAAUGACCUCUUUGAAAACACAAACCACACCCAAGUCCAGUCUACUCUGAUUGCUCUGGCUAGCAUGGCCAAGACGAAAGGUAACAAGGUGAAUAUGGGAGUGAAAUACGCUGAGAAACACCAGCGCAAAUUCCUGCCUGAAAAGCUGAAGGAAGGACGAAACAUCAUCGGGCUGCAGAUGGGCACUAACAAAUUUGCCAGCCAGCAGGGCAUGACAGCAUAUGGCACACGUCGGCACCUCUAUGACCCUAAGUUGGGCACAGACCAACCUUUAGAUCAAGCCACCAUCAGUCUACAGAUGGGAACCAACAAGGGGGCUAGCCAGGCGGGCAUGACGGCUCCUGGAACCAAGCGGCAGAUUUUUGAGCCUGCCCAUGGCCUGGAGCACUGCGACACCCAGAACAUCUCCCUGCAGAUGGGCAGCAACAAAGGGGCAUCGCAGCAGGGCAUGACUGUGUAUGGGCUGCCGCGGCAGGUCUACGACUCCAAGUACUGCCUCACACCCAACUAUGCCAUGAUCGGAGAGGAUGAGGACCAGUACAACCACAGCCAUCAUAACUUCUACAACUCAGAAUAGCCAGCAGGAAUCAUGGGACGGACAUAGGACAGAGACACCAGCACUUAGAAAAAAAAAAAGGAAAAAAAAGGGACACUUCCCAAAGAGAAGAUCCGCCAUCCGGUGGCUAUUUUCACCUGGGAAUAUAAGAAGAUCCAGACAGUUCCCUAAACUGCUAACCAGCUCACUAGAGACUCCUCAAACCAUGCCAAAGCCAAGCCUCCCCUCCAAGUCUCCACCCACUGAGCCUUAAAAGCUUCACUUCGAUCCCUUUCACGCUUUAUUUAAUGUAUGACGUACUGCCACUACUUUUAAGCAUGCACUGAUGUGGCUCAAAGCCACUAGGAUGGAAUGUUACAGUAAAAAUAAUAAUAAUCUAAUGGGUUGGGAGAAGCAAAUACGAGGCAAUGAGCACUCUUGAUUUCUUUCCUGAACAAGAGCCAUCAGUUAUCUCUUCCCUGUGGCUUGUGGCAGCUCCUGCCGCUGCUGUUUUGGGGUCAAGGCAGAAGCAGACAAUCAAAGGCACAGCUUCUGUUGGUGAACAUAUUGCCUACUGCACUCUGUUUUGUACCAUAACAGAAGCUGCCCUGGUACCAGGCCCCGUCAUCUGCCUUGCUCUGCCUACAAUCAGGUUAGGGGCAAAUUGGCAAGCCCCCACCCCAGGGGUUCCAGUCAUUUUUGCUUCCUACAUACUAAUAGUUUGUAGAAAAUCACCGGUGAACUGAAUCAGCCAUUGGCUUCCUGGAAACGGAACAUAUUUAGGUAGAGUAUGUGAACUGUGGAGGGAGACUGUAGGAGGUUGGACGCAUCUAACCAGUAAAGGGGUAUGUUCACAGUGUCCGAAGUUAUCCCAAGAUUCAUGUUGAGAGAUCAUUUGGUGAGAAUUACACACAAUUGUAAACCAAGGCCGUUCAUCUUCUACAUCUUCAGGGAGAAUCUGGAAAAUAACUUACCAGGUUAUCAGUAAUCUAGUCUUCACUAAAAAAGAGAGACAGAGUUUCUCGUCCUAAUGGUUCAUGACUGAGCUCCACUAUGCAGGCAACUUCUACAGAAACACUCUAGCGCUCAGAAAUUGGAACUUAUCCAUUCCUCCUCCUGAAUGCCUCUUGUUUACCAACGGUUCUCCUAUCAAGUAAGCCACUUCCUUGCCAUUUAUCUCCAGCACACACACCCAAUUUCAUAGUAAAUAAUGGAAAUCAAAGCAACUCCACACACUGCAAGCACAUUUACACACAUUCUGGAGAAGAAAUUUAAAAUUACAGAGGUACAGAACAUGAACAGCCCUUAAUAAGGCUGGCAGAAGUGCUGUGGGACUAAUUUGUGUUUGAAACUAAAAUGCUUCUAUUAAGUAACAUUCACAUGCUUCAAAUGAAGACAAAUGAAUCACCUGCUAUAGAGCCAAAACCAGUUUUGAGAUAAGCCUAACCACCAAAAUAAAUCCCACUGAAUUUACUUAUACAAGUAAAUUUGGCUUGUGAUAGCACUAUCAUCCAGUUCAAUACUCAAUUAACUGCAUGGAUUUUAAACUUGCAUAAAUUUGCAUAUAUCACAAUAGCCCUGAAGGGGGGUGGGGAGCAUUCACUGUUUGUAGUGACACCUGUAUGUGUCAUAGCCGGGGCCAUUUCGGAAGCACUAUUUCCACCUGUGUGAGGACCAAGGAGCGAUGCUCUUAUAAGAAGCCCCCUGCCACCACCUGCAGAUUUAUAAUCACUUCCAUUUAAAAGCAAUUUUCCAACAAAUCUCCUCUAAAUGACCAAGGUAAAGGGACCCCUGACCAUUAGGCCCAGUCGUGACCGACUCUGGGGUUGCGGCGCUCAUCUCGCUUUAUUGGCCGAGGGAGCCGGCGUAUAGCUUCCGGGUCAUGUGGCCAGCUUGACUAUUAAUCAUUUAGAUUAGUUGUCCAAACAUGGCAGUCUCAGUUAAGGAUUGGGGUUGCUUAUCUACCUGCGUGGCAUCCAAGUUAGAACAGGAAAAAGCUCGCUGGCUUCACUAACUGCACCACCGUGUUGCCUGGUGGCAAAUCUAGAUGUUUAGCCGGGGGGGCGUGGGGCACUUGCUCACUGAUUAGCACUGUAGUUAGUAUGUGGUACCAGCUAUUGUUACAAACCAACAAUUGGGGGAAAUGCCAAAGUCUAUAUUGCCAACAAAAGCAGCUGCUGUCUUUAAAUCCUGCCCCUGCCCCUCGCUUCUCUCCCUGAGAUGCUCCACAUAUUGAGCAGCUAAGACACACCCAAAGAACCCACUCCAAAACUUUUUUUUUGUUAUCUUCUGCUAAUGACCACUUUUUAAUUUCACUGCAGCACAAUAAAAAAGAAAACAAAAAAACAUUUCUAAUAUGAUUGGAGGUCUUCCUUAUCCCUUGGUCAGAGGUUUUCAACCUUUUUGAGUCCACAGCUCCCUUGAGCAACUACAGUACUGUACAUUCUUUCUGCAACACCCUUGUGGAACUCAGGAACCCAGUUAUGUCACCCCUUGCCUGCAGAGCUGGCAGCCUGUCAUGCUUUUUCAAACACCCUUCAGCCUCCUCUCUUUUCCCUUCUCAUUGGGGGUCCCUGAGCUGACCCCCCCCCUGCCGCAAAUAGAGGUGCCUUUUCACACUGCCCCACAGGGGCCUGAGAGGCAUCUCCUUGGCAGCUUGUAGCCAGAACUGCUGCAACAAACAGCCACACAAGCCUAUGGGAGGCAGAGACGCAAGAGAGCAUCAGAGGAGGGAGGGACAGAAAGAGGGACAGAGGCCAGUGUUGCCCGUGGUACCCCGGCCAUCAUUCGAGGCACCCCAGGGUGCCAUGGCACACUGGUUGAAAACCACUGCUCUUGGUCUAUCUAGUCCAGAACAAUCUACUUUGGUUUACAGGGAAUCUCUUAAGUCCUCCAGGCAGAAAGGACUUUUCAAACUCUGGUCCCCAAGUAUAUGCCAAGGAUUGAGCCUGGGGGACCUUCUACGAAAAAAAUUCAUGUAAAAAAAAGAGGGAAUUUUUAAAGUGCUAAACUAGAGUUUGACUCUGCUCUCUUCUAACUCAGUUUAAAGCAGGCAUUCCCAAACUUCAGCCCUCCAGAUGUUUUGGACUACAAUUCCCAUCUUCCCCAACCACUGGUCCUGUUAGCUAGGGAUCAUGGGAGAUGUAGGCCAAAACAUCUGGAGGGCCGCAGUUUGGGGAUGCCUGGUUUAAAGCUUGUGUUUCUUUGCAAGUGUCUACUGUCAAAUGGAAAACAGUCAGCUGACGAUGCAGAAUCAGAGAGAAUAAGCCUGCAUGGUUAUGAAUGUAUUCAGUGAUUUGUACCACAUUCAACGGCAUAAAAACCCGUGUGGCAAAUGGGCUGUCAUUUUAAAGUGAGCAAAGUUUCUAGCCUUUGUAGUUUACAGAGAAAACAUGAAAAUAAUGGGCAGUCUCUGCUUAAGUAGAAAAUUCAAAUUUAUACAAGAAGGGUUAUUACUAUGCUGCAAAAUAAUAAAGCAUGUAAGCUCAAGCUA